AUGGUGUUUGUUGUGUUGCAGACUUUCAAGCGUAGGAACGGUGGGAGGAACAAGCACAACCGUGGCCAUGUCAAUCCGAUCAGAUGCUCCAACUGUGGCAAAUGCUGCCCCAAGGAUAAGGCCAUUAAGAGGUUUAUCGUGAGGAAUAUUGUGGAGCAGGCUGCGAUUAGAGAUGUUCAAGAAGCCAGUGUCUACGAUGGGUACACACUACCGAAGCUAUAUGCGAAGAUGCAAUACUGUGUCUCAUGUGCUAUCCAUUCUCACGUUGUUAGAGUCCGAUCCCGCACCAACCGUAGGGUUCGUACUCCACCUCCACGUUUUGCUAGACGCAAGGAGGAUGCUCCCAAGCCUGGACAACCUGGACAGGCUCCUCGUCCUGCAGGACCUGGAGCUGCAGCUGCACCGCGUGUCUGA